AUGGGGCAAUGCCAUAAUUGUAAUAUGAAAGGAAUUGAGGUGGCAGAAUUACAAGAUAUGUACAAGAAGUUUGUUGUAGAAUGUCCCAGUGGAGGGCUCUAUUUGCAUGAAUUUAAGCAGUUUUUUGGCAUUAGCAACCAGAGUGAAGCAUCUGAAUAUGCUGAGAGUGCAUUUAAAUCCUUUGACAGGAAUGGGGAUAAUAUGAUAGAUUUCUUGGAAUAUGUAGCAGUUUUAAAUCUAGUACUAAGAGGAAAACCUGAGCAUAAAUUGAAGUGGUCAUUUAAAGUGCAUGACACUGAUGGGAAUGGCUUUCUAGAUAAGGCUGAACUACGGAAAAUGGUGAAGAGUGUCUAUAAUGUCAAACAAGGAUGGGCAAGAAAUACAGAUACUCAGAUGUCAACGACGGAGGAAGUGUGUGACAGAAUAUUUCAACUAAUGGAUGAAAACAAUGAUGGAAAGAUUUCAUUGAAAGAGUUUGUUGAUGGAAUGCAAAGAGAUGAAUGGGUAAGCAAAAUGCUACAUGUAGACAUAAAUCCCACAGAAUGGAUCCUUGAACACCAGGAAAAAAGGAAGGCAGAUGUAAAGGAUCAGACACCAAAGGAAAAAGUUACGUUGUAUGCUGCCGGGGUGGCAGAGGUUCGUAAGGAUUCGGAUUAG